GCUGGCAGAGUGGCUGCACUGCUAGGCAUCAAAAUUGACUAUAUUGAAGUCCGGUGCGGAAACGUCAUCUUGCACGUAGUGGGCAUAAAAGAUGCGCUUAAGCUUGCGGAGAGGAGGUGGUGGACUGUUGACAGAACAAAGACGUGGUUCCAGCCGUUCGAAAAACGGCAGCUUCCGGCUUUUUGCCGCAAGUGCUCGUCACCCUCCCACCUCGAUACCAAGGAAACACCAUGUAUUCAGGGCUCAAAGUGCCUGCGUUGUGGCCAGAGGGGUCACACUAAGGACCAAAACAGUUGCACACAUUCGCUCAGCGAGUUUCGGUGCGCGAACUGCAACCAACGCCACAAAACUGAGAGCGAACAGUGUAGGCAUCUAGGGACAGUGAGAAUGCGCGAGCGGGCGUCGAAGUAUGUCGGACACGCACCAUGGUGGUACUCGGGGAGCAUGUCUACGGACGACCCGCCCUACCCAGCCCGGUGCACUGGGAGGGAGCACGUGGACGAAGAAGCGCACCACGACAAUCCCGCGCCCGCUUCCGCUCCCGCCCCAUUUCCCGACCCGGUUUCCGCCCCAGUCCCCGCCCCCCCAUACGUGCCCGGCACGUCCAUGUUCACAGUGGUGCCGUCGUCCACCGUCACCUUCCGCCCUCCUGGCGUGAUUGCUCCCGAUCAAGUGCGACGCAACCGUCCAGCGUUCAGUCGGACACUGUUGCCACGCCCAAGACUCCAACCCCGGCGGGUCGACCGCAGACGACCGCCGCCGUAUCCACCAGGCAGAGUCGCAGGAGAGUACGCAGUCCCGAUGGGGAAGAAAGCACUCCUCAUGAUGAAGAGGAGAAUGUUCCCCGGUACCAGACCCGCCAGAGCCAGUCAAAAAGAAGACGACUGGGAAAGACUCGCGCAUCCAACGAUGGUGACCCCGACAGUUCAUCCAGAAAUGUCGGUCUCAGUGUUUCUUCCGGCAAUGCAGGCCCGAGCAGGUCGCCCUAUUCCGUCGUCCAAUUUGCGGGCAUGGAGACCCCUGACUCUUUCCCCACCAUGGGAACGCGAAAGUCUGCUAGGGGUCGCAAAGCCAAAGUGGGCACCGCAAACACGUCGGCCAGAUCCUUAGGAAAGCAACCCGUGAACCCCGACCACGAGCUCUUGACCUCGGACAAGGAAAACGAGGGACCGUCUGUGUAUGAAUGA